AUGACUUCGGGUGACGGAGUGAAGCUACUGCGAACCCUUGAAAAUGAAGAAGAGGUGUAUAUCGGGAAGCUGGUUGUAGCCAUCAGUCCCGCGGGAGUAUUUCUGCAAAAAAUUAGCCACCUGGUUACAUACGUAACUUACACUGACUACCAGGAACCUACCUUCAAUCUUCCGGAAGGCAAUACUAUCAGUGAAAUCCAGAUUAUGCAUGCUACGAGUCUUCGAGCGUUCGUAGCAGGGCCAAGCACACGCCUUGAAAGUCUCAAUAUUCAACAAUGUAUUUUGUCAACCUUGAUCAUUUGGCAUCAAUUGGAGAUUAACAUGUGCGAAGAGGCUUGCAACAGUCGAACUUUCCGUGGUUGUAUAAUUGAUGUCAUCAACAUGACUUCGGGUGACGGAGUGAAGCUACUGCGAACCCUUGAAAAUGAAGAAUUGGUGUAUAUCGGGAAGCUGGUUGUAGCCAUCAGUCCCGCGGGAGUGUUUCUGCAAAAAAUUAGCCACCUGGUUACAUACAUGCAUGCAUGCAUUGACGAUUGUACUAGUCGACAGAUCCAUGACUGUGAAAUCGAUAUCAUCAACAUGACCUCGGGAGGAGCAGUAAAACUCCUAAGGCUUUUGGAAAACGAAUCAAACGUCCAAAUCAACAAGCUGGUCAUAGCCAUCAGUCCGUCAGGAGUGUUUCUGCAAAAGAUUAGCCACCUGGUUGCAUACCUCAUGUAUAACAACUAUCGAGAACCAACAUUCAAUCUACCGGAAGGCAAUACUAUCAGCGAAAUUCAGAUUAUGCGUGCCAGUGGUCUUCGAGCAUUCACUCUACCCAAGAUGACCGUGCUGAAGCAACUUUGUAUAACAAAUUGCAUGUUAUCCGUUCUGCGGUUAGAUAUGUUGGUAGAAAAUCAAAAUCUGACCACCCUGGAUCUGUCGUACAAUCAAAUACGCCAAAUAUUUCCGGUCACCGGUGGUCCGGAUCGGACAUUGAGCAUUGAUUCGUUGAUGCUGACAGACAAUCUGCUGGAACAUUUAGAUAUGACCGUGUUUAUGCCAUUCCUACCGAAACUGUUACCAGAACUAUAUUAUCUGUCUAUUAAUGGUAACAACAUAUCCCAUCUGGAUUUAAGCUAUUUCCGACCAUAUCGAAAAUUGGAGGAAAUUUAUCUUACAUCAAACCAAAUCAGUACCGUACGUACUUCAACUCCUGUACGACUGCCGAUUGAAUCGUUGGAUUUGCAAAACAACAGGAUCAUUUUGUUCAACAUGACUGGGUGCGACUUACCAAACAUGACAUCGUUGGAUCUGGGGGAAUUUGCCUGUUGGAUUCUGUUAAUUUGGUAUCAAUUGGAGAAGCACCUUUGUGAUGGUCAAUGUAUCAAACGGUUUCUAUCAUAUUGUGAUGUCGGUGUUAUCAACAUGACCUCGGAUGGAAGAGUGAAGCUUAUGGGGCUUAUUGAUCAAGCACCGGUAGUACGUGUUGAGAAGAUGAUCGUAGCCAUCAGCCCUACCGGACCGUUUUUGCAAACAAUUAGCCCCUUCAUUGAUUCCAUCGCGUAUGGUAACUACCAAGACCCUACCUUUGUUGUUCCGGAAGGCAAUACUAUCAGCGAGAUCAGCUUUAUGCGUGCUACAAGCCUUCGUGCGUUUAUUGCCGGACCGAACACAUUUCUGGCUUACCUAAAUGUUGAAUAUUCUGCGUUGGAUCGCUUGCCACAGACUCUGCCAAAGUUGGAUAGGUUAAAAAAGCUUACCAUAAAAUACGGUAUGUUAUCCAUUCUGCGACUGGAUAUGUUGGUAGAAAAUCAAAAUUUGACUACCCUGGAUCUGUCGUACAAUCAAAUACGCCAAAUAUUUCCGCUCACAGCGUAUCCUGGAAGGACGUUGAGCAUCGACAAAUUAAUACUUAAUGGCAAUCAACUGGAACGUUUGGAUAUGAGCGUGUUUGCAUCAAUGUCAAAACUCGACUAUUUUUAUGUAUUGGAAAAUCGCUUAACUCAAUUGGAUGCGUCGAUACCAACCACCUUUUCCAAACUUUCCACAUUUUACAUAGGUGGUAACAAAAUCAGAACGCUCGAUCUGAGGAAUUUAACGCUUCCGAGCCUCUUAACCGUUUCUCUUGGUCCCAACAAUUUGAAGCAGAUGCCAUCCCUACCAAAGGCGUUGCCGGCACUUGAAUACAUGUCGCUUGAAAAGAACAACCUUACUCAAUUGAACCUAAGCUAUUUCCGAAAAUAUCAAACAUUGAAAUACGUAUUCAUUACGUCGAACCAAAUCACUGCCGUACGUACUUCAUCUCCUGUAAAACUGUCUUUUGUUCGGUUCGGUUUAUUAGAUAACAAAAUCAACUUGUUAAACCUCACUGGGUGCAGCUUCCCCAACAUGACAUCUCUAAAUCUGAGGAAAAACCAUCUUACGGUGGUUCCAGCUGUGUUUGAACGAUUCCCGAAACUAACUGUAACAUUGGAUAUGAACCCGAUCACAUGCGACACGCUACUCCUGUACAAGGAGCAGAUCAAGAAUGACAAACUUUACAAAGACCGAGUAUCUCCCGCAUGGCCAUGCAGUACGACUUCUUCGUUUCUAGUUGGGGAAAAAAUAAAGAUAUGCUGUGACAGUUGA